AUGCCGAACACAUCGAGUCAAGGUGAAAUAUACCCAAAUACACCUGUCAGAUGCACAUGGUUCGCCCUUCCAUCUCAUAAUCUGCCCGCCUGCGAAUCUCGGCUUGCAAAGCGUUGGGCUAAGUCCAGUGCGAUCAAGUCAAACCAGUCUGUGGCAAGUGCGAGCACAUUAGGUUUUCGCAGCGGCGGCCAGGACUCGACUCUGUACUCGUACGGCGGUACGCUCGACGACAGCAAUCUGACUGAUCGGGUCAAUGACAGUGCGGGCAUCGAUUCCGCUGUCGAGAGCCACACACGGGCCUUCCUUGAGCUGCAAUUGAUGCACGCUUAUGACACAAUAACACGUCCAUCGAUAUAUAUGGAAAACGACGACACUGCUGCCGACGUCUGCAUCUCUGCUGUGCCACGACUUGCCUUUAGCAACGAUGCACUCUUGAAAUCCGUCUUCAGCUUCACGGCUCUACAGCUGGCGUAA